GAACUGUCAAGCCGAACCCAUCAAAAACCCUUCAUUCUUUACGGCUCUCUCGCGCUGCUGGAAUUGGAGGAACAAUAAUUCCGGAAUUUAUUUCGUUUUCCUGCAUCGGAAGUGAUCAAUCACGGUCGUGUGCGUACGUGUGUGCGUGUGUGUGUGCUGAGUCAGCAGCGUUUGUUUCGGACCAAACGGCACCAGCCCAGCUUCAAGCCCAGUCGUCGUGGUGCGUUUCAGUCAGUUCUGGUCGGAGUGCUGCUGCAAACCUCCCCCGUUACCCGUUUCUCAUCCUGGUGGUCUGGUCGCUCUCUCGCUGGUCUGCUGGUUUGCAGACGAAGCAAAGUGACCGCCGCACAAUCACGCCUCCUUCUCCACCUCCGCGCUGCUUCAACGUCGUCGGGUGGGGAGCAAAAAUCGACCUGCCUUUUGGGCUAGCGACUUUUGCCUUCCCUGCUUUUUGGCUGCCCCGUAGGCUAUGCUGUGUCGCGGCUAACACAAUCGGAAAAUCGCUUGGCACCGUCGAAACAGGAAGCAUCGCUAAGAACACAGAGAGCCCGGCAGAGAGUGAAACGCAACAGUUAAUCCGUAUGGGGAAACUAACAAGAUUUGGCUUUUAGUUGCCUUGCCAGGCGCGCUUCAGUGUGCGUGGUGUAUGAAAACGAAGUGGUGAAACCAGUGGCACUGCGAAGUGAAUAGAAGAAAAAGGAUAAUAAUUGUGCGUGUGUGUGAGAGAAAGAGAGUGUGUGGAAAGCCCAAGCAGACGUACGGAGGUGGUGGCACGGUGGCCUCUAAUUAGACACAACGGUUUCGAAAUGAAUACCCAUCUGCAAGGAUCAUCGCCCAGAUCGCCCGCACCGUCACCCGAUCCUGACGUUGACGAGGGUAGCUCGAAAAAGCAGGCAACAAGAGUGUUUAAGAGUUCUUCAAAUGGCAAAAUCACCGUAUACUUGGGAAAACGUGACUUCGUCGACCACAUCACGCAUGUCGAUCCGAUAGAUGGUGUCGUGCUGAUAGAUCCCGACUAUGUGAAGGAGCGGAAAGUUUUCGGACACGUACUGGCCGCCUUCCGGUACGGGCGCGAGGAUCUGGACGUGCUGGGACUAACCUUCCGAAAGGACCUUUAUCUGGCAUCCGAACAGAUUUAUCCACCGCUGGAAACGGACCGGCCGCUCACCCGGCUCCAGGAGCGGCUGAUCCGGAAGCUGGGCGCGAACGCGUACCCGUUCUACUUCGAGGUGCCGCCCCACUGUCCGGCCUCGGUGUCGCUGCAGCGCCCGGGCGAUACCGGGAAACCGUGCGGCGUGGACUACGAGCUCAAGGCCUUCGUCGGCGAGUCGCAGGAGGACAAACCGCACAAACGGAACUCGGUCCGGUUAGCGAUAAGGAAAAUCAUGUACGCACCCUCGAAGCUGGGCGAGCAGCCGUCGAUCGAGGUUAGCAAAGAGUACAUACUGAAACAAAAAAUUCACCUCGAGGCGAGUCUGGACAAGGAGCUUUACCACCACGGCGAAAGCUUGUCGGUGAAUGUACAUAUAGCGAAUAAUUCAAGUAAAACAGUUAAGAAAAUCAAAGUGUCGGUCCGACAGUUUGCGGACAUCUGUCUCUUCUCGACGGCACAGUACAAGUGCACGGUAGCGGAGGUAGAAUCCGAAGAGUACUCCGUCGGGCCCGGCUUUACCCUAUCCAAAGUGUUCACCAUUAAACCGCUGCUUAAGCACAACAAACACAAACGAGGGCUCGCCCUGGACGGCCAGCUGAAGCACGAGGAUACGAAUCUAGCGUCCAGCACGAUGUAA